CAGAGCUGGCGCGGCGCCCGUCAAAUAGGCGGCAGGACUUGCUCGUCGGGGAAGUGCAUUGCAGCCGGCACACCUCGUUGCCCCGCGAAGCAGAAGUGCCAUAUCCCCUCUGGUGGCGUGAACCAAGCUAUCCCUUAUUGCCACCCUGGCACCAAUUAUUUGAAUCCGCGGCGGCGGAGCGUGCCUGUGUGGUGCGGAGAGGUGCCUGCGUGGCCCGGAGAGUUGCGCGAGAUGGCCAGCUGUGACGUGCUGCCUGACGGUGACGCGACCGCCACGGUCCUCGCUGUGCCCGAGGACCUGGCCCUCUACAUCGCGAGCUUUCUCGGCGGCGAGACGCUGGCGCGGCUCGGUGCCGCCUCCAAGGCGUGCGGUUCGCUUUACGCCAACGAGGCGGCCUGGGAGGCCUGCGUGCGCGCGCGCUGGCACGACCCGCGGUGGCUCGACGUGCCGAUGGAUUACUAUAGAGCGGCGACGAACGAGGUGUUGGACAGUCUGCGACGGGCCCGGCGGUCUAGCAAGAAGCCGCGCGUCCAUCCGAAGCAGUGCGGCGCCUCGAGCUGGUCAGCGGCCUACCGCGAGCUGCACCGCCGGAACGCGCCGCCGCGGUCGUGGCUCACCCCGCGUCACGCCAAGGUCGUGGCGCGCGGGCGCCAGGGCGCCUGCUCCGCGUGGGUGUUGGUGCAACACACGCCGGAUUGCCGCUGCGUCGAUGGCACCGUGACGCUGCGAGUCGUGGUCCAGAAUACGGGCGCAGCGGACAGAGUGCGCGUCCUCGUGGACGAUUGCUCCCUGUCGUGGCUCGUGGCCGAAACGAACGACAACGCGAACGCAAUCUUGCGUGCGGCCGGCGCCCGGGAGCUCCAAGGGCGCGAGCACGCCGUCGCCGUGCCGCGCACGGGCACGAUCCUCGAGUGCAGGCAGGUGGCGCGCGGCCACGAGCGUCGGACCUUCCCCACGGACGCGCUCGGCAACGCGUGGCUCCAGCCCCUCGAGUGGGUCGCGAUGGAGGUGCGCGUGGCGACGGACGACUGCGUCCACGAGCACGAUUUCUUGGAGCGCGCCAUCCAGCUCUGCGUGAAGGCGCGCGACUGCUCGACGAUUUCAUCGACCUCAAGGACUGCUGCGACGGGCCACAUCAAGCUCGCAUUCAUCGACGAUGCCACGGUGCACCGCAUGUACUCCGAGCUGCCGGGCGGCUACGUCAUGCUGAGCGACGGCGUCUAGUACUUUUUUGACCUGCGCGCGGGAAUGC